CCGGAUAGAGAUUUAUAUUUUUGAAUGAACCACUCAGUUACAUCAACUGGACUUGUAUGGUUAUUCGUAUUGGAGGUUUUCAUAAAACAAGAUCGUGCAAUUUAACAGUAAUGUUAACUGUUCGCGUAGGUUGCAAAGGGAGAGAAGCGGCGUACCAUUUAGGCACAUUAUGUUCUUUUAGAAGUCACGUAGCCUGUUUGAGCAGCAGUAAAAUAACUCUGGGUCGAGAAAAGCAGACGGAGACACCUUUGCGGUCUCCAGUAUGGUCAUGUAAUGAAUGGGAUCCGUUGGAGGAGAUCAUCGUGGGACGAGUGGAAGGUGCCCAUGUACCACCAUUUACAGAGGAAGUCCAGGCUAUAACAGUUAAGAGAAAUUGGGAUUUCUUUAAAUAUCGCGGUGGUCAACCUUACCCUGCAGCCCACUUGGCAAAAGCAGCUGCUGAAAUUGAGACGUUUUGUAACAUACUAGAGCAGGAAGGAGUCACUGUUCGCCGCCCAGCGAUUGUGGACCAUUCCAUAGAAUAUAAAACUCCGGAUUUUCGAUCCACUGGCAUGCAUGCUGCUAUGCCGCGUGAUAUUUUGUUGGUAAUUGGUGAUGAAAUUAUUGAGGCUCCCAUGGCAUGGAGAUCACGGUUCUUCGAGUAUCGAGCCUAUCGUCCACUCAUUAAGGAAUAUUUCCAAAAAGGAGCACGCUGGACUACAGCUCCAAAACCUCAGAUGUCUGAUGAACUUUACGACAAGAAUUAUCCAGAUGAGAACGAUCCCAAUCGUCAUAAAAUUACUGAUCAGGCAAAGUUUGUAACUACGGAAUUUGAACCUUGCUUUGAUGCUGCCGAUUUCAUGAGGGCUGGUCGUGACAUAUUUGCUCAGAGAAGUCAGGUUACCAAUUACUCUGGUAUUGAGUGGCUGAAACGUCAUCUUGGCGACAAGUACAACAUCCAUUGCUUAUCGUUCGAAAAUGGAAACCCUAUGCAUAUUGAUGCAACAUUAUUUAUUAUCGCACCUGGUGUUGUCUUAUCUAAUCCCGAAAGAACAUGUCAUCAAAUUGAUAUGUUUAAGAAAGCUGGAUGGACAGUUGUUUAUCCUCCAUACCCGGUUAUACCAGACUCUCAUCCGUUAUGGAUGUCGUCCAAGUGGUUAUCUAUGAAUGUAUUGAUGCUGGAUACCAAGCGUGUUAUCUGCGAUGUCGACGAAAUUCCCACCGUAAAGAUGUUUGAAAAGUUGGGAAUUAAGCCAAUUACCCUCUCCAUCAGACAUGCUAAUUCUCUUGGAGGUGGUUUCCACUGCUGGACCACUGACAUCCGUCGUCGUGGUAAAAUGGAAUCAUACCUAUGA